AUGGCUCGACGUGGACUUCGCAUGAGAAAGCCUAACGAUGUUUCGAAUGAAGCUAAUAUUGCUCGUGGUACGAAAGAAACUGCCGACAAUGCUCAAUCACUAGUGCGCAACUUCAGUAAAAUAUCGGUCGGGCAACGCCUUGAGCAGCCCACAAAAACUUCUAAUGCAAAGAAGGAAGAAGUUCAACCGGCAAAAGAGGAAGAGUGCGCUCAACCAAAUCCUCCCAAGGUAACGAUAUUCGAGAAAACAGCACUUUCCGUGUCGGUUGGAAAGGAAGAGACUGGUGUGGACUAUCAUCGUGCUGGUAUUUUUUGGCGAGUGGACCUUGAUUCAGCUCAUUCUGACUAUCUCGUCGACAUCAUUAACUAUGCAUUCUCUAGACAGGUGAUAUGUCCGUAUUAA